AUGAUACCUCAGGAAGCAGCCAACGAUGCCCUGGAGAUAACUCUGGCUGAUGUGCAGUCGCUCAUCAAGCGUUGCAUGAAGUUAAAGGAAGCUGACCCAGAAACCUUAAGGCUCUCGGAUGAGAUCGCCAGGCGAGUGGCCAAAGACUUGAAACUCUAUGCGGGGAAUGCGACAUCAUUCUCUCCCCUGCUACUCUCCUGCGCCACCGUUAUCCGGCAGUAUUCAAAGGGCGGUGCCUUUGAGAAUGUCCCCAAUUGGACUUCGGUAGCAGAAGACGACCCACGGAUCAAGGACCACCCGCGAUUCGAGAAGACCGUAGACUAUCGCCCACCCUUUGCCCUUGAUGUUUCUCUACUUGCGACAUCGAGCGCAAUCACCACCUCUCCCACCUCACCACCUCACAUCGUCCCGCCCUUGACAACCUCAGCUCUUGCAUCAACGCCAUCCCGUGCAGACCCAGAUUUCAUUGCCAAGCCUAAUCCAUCCUGCACGGACCUGGAUCUCGUUGCCAAGCCGGUAGCGCAACCAAAACGCCCUUCCCGCCCACGAGUGCUCAAGAACCUACCCCCUCUCCUUCAUCCGGCACAUCCACCCUUGAGAUACCGCCACCUGUAUGUGGCCAAAGCUGAUAGGGAACAUUGGAAGGCACUUUCCACGGCCGGCGAUAGCAAGAAGGGAAAGGCGGGCGAUGAAGAUACGGAUGGGGCCGUUGUGGUCGAAACCCCCAAGUUACCUUCCUCGCCCCAAGAGCCUCUGAAAAAGAAAAGGAAGUUGAUGUCGGAUGCGCCAACCGCAAUCAUUGAUGUGAAACCGAAGGCAUUACCGUCUGUUGCUCCUGACAAGGCUGGUCCGCCAGGCAAUGACCAGGAUUUCCGGGAUUCAGACAUUCGGCCUGCAGAAUGGGGCUCAGAUGAUUGUAUUGCUACUCUGUUCCAGGACAACCUAACAAAUUUCAAGCAUUCCAUUCGUUUCCAUCCCCGGAAGUGCGACAAGUGCACGAAAAUGGACAUACCAUGCGUUGUCCUUCUGGACAAAAAGUUCGGAUGCACGCGACUUGUGUGUGCAAAUUGCGACCUCAUGAAGGUCACCUGUGCGAUCGACGGCGUCGGCGUGAGGAAGAGAAUCCAGGCAAAGGCUUCCGCUGCUUCCUCAAAUUCUUCCGAACACUCCGGAACGCGCAUUCGGAAGUCCCGCGUGAUAUCUCCAGUUAUACUUAACAUCGCCGAAGAGGUGGAGCAACAACCUGGCCUGCCGGCUGAUGUGCCAAUCAAAACGCUUGCGAUCAACAGCACAAGCCAACGGCCCGAACGGGGUGAUCAGUUUGCGCCAACCAACUGCGCCGAUCCCGAGCCCACUGCAAGGGACAUCCUGCAGAGCAUUCAGGACCUCGGCAGGAGAUUUGAUCUCCUGGCCACCAACGAGCGACUGGACACCUUGGAUGUAAGAGUUCAUUCAGUGGAGACCAUCAUCCACCAGCGCUUGGACGCACUGGAGCAACACCUUGACGCCUCGGAUGCCUAG